AUGAAGUUCAGCACAAGCUCCUACGCGAGAAGCAGGUCUCGUCGAUCUCACACUAAAUCUCGCAUCGGAUGUGGAAAUUGCAAAAGACGGCGAAUCAAGUGCGAUGAGGCUGCGCCAGAAUGUAUGAAUUGCAUCCGACAUUCUAUUGAAUGCAAUUAUGGGCAAGCCUGGCAGCGUGACAGGCCCAUAGUGGCAGACGAAAGGACCAUGACACCGAGUACCAGUGAACAGCCGAGAAAGGAAUACACGUUCAUUUCUUCAUCCGCCUCUGGCUUUGUCGUGCCAAAGAGAUCCCGCCGUGAGACUGAAGACUCGGCGAUGCGGCAAUCUUCAUCCACCGAUUCGGAGAGCACUGUAGCCAAAAGCCCGUUUCAAUUCACGGGGACUGAUAUGAUUCUAUUUCAUCAUUGCCUCUCAGCAACUGACCUCAAAGUCCACAUCCCAGACCAGCUCAUCCGGCUGGGCUUGUCCGUCCAUUAUGUGCUGCAUUUGCUACUAGCAAUCUCGGGCUUUCAUAUGAAGCGAACAUCAACAAAUGACCCGAGGCACCAGUAUGGGCCGCCAGAUAUCGAUUUUUAUGUUGAGGUUGAACGUCAUCUGAAAAGUGCAGCUGCUGAGGUUGCAACUGCAGACCCUCAGAUACACCAAGAGAAUAGCCACUCACUCUAUAUCGCGUCCCUAUUCAUCUUCAUUUGUUCGCUUGCCCGAGGUCCUCAGCCUGGGGAGUAUCUGGCUUUCCGUGAUGACAGGGAUAUCCCAGGGUUUUGUCUUUUCACUGGUAUGCGAUCAAUCCUGGAGGCCAGUACCCAACUUGGGGUUUCCGAGAGUAUUUCAGAGGUGCAUCCCAAGCAGAGGCAAGGGGUAUCCCCAGAACGAGAACAAGAACGAGAAACAGAGCCAAGCCAUGGCAUCUCAUCAAGCGAAGCUAUCAACUACAAAGUUGACCAAUCCUCAUGUCCAUUCUUGGAGCCACUCAACAAGUUGAAAGGUCUGGUACUGAAUGCAUUCUCCUCAAGUGACCCCAGCCAUUCAACCUACUGUGCUAUAUUCGAGUUGCUCCUAUCACGCUAUAACCACAUACUUGGUGGCUCUGUUCCUAUUGCUAGCCCAGAACUGUGGCCGCAGAUAUUCAGUUGGUUAUAUUUACUACCGGAUAGUUUCGCAAAGGACAUGCAACAAAAGCACCCGGUUGCACUUUUGAUAUUUUCCUAUUUUGCGGUACUGUUGAAUGAGCUUGACUCGGUUUGGUUUAUUCGAGGGUGGCCUCUGCAUAUUGUGGAGGGAGUUUCUCGUAAUUUCAGGGCUGCGCUACCAGCCGUUUAUUGUUUGGCCCAUGAAUCAGGUCAGGAUGGCUUGAUUCUCUUCGGUGGACCCAUUUCCACUCAGGACAUGUUCAACUUGUGUAUAAACUUUUUCUUUGAAUUCAAGUAUUGCACAAGCCAUCAGACUAGAUUUGCUUUCCACUUCACUGUGUCACUGGAAUGGUAG